AUCGUAUGAUAAUUCAACAACGUCGUUCAUUUACAUGUUUCACGAUCACUGCAUUCAGAGACCUUUCUACAACGUGGCGAUAGAGUCAGCGUUCCACUGUAUCCGGCUGUUCCCACUGUUCGCUCCGUGCGUCUUCGCCGACCAGAUCCAGGAGGAGGUGCGCCGCUUGAGAGAGCUGCUGGCUUCUAGGCUCUACGAGAACAAACUAAACAAGCCGGGUCGUAGUGUGGCGCGGGCGCUGCUGUCUCUGACGGAGGCGCGCGACUUGUCCUUCUCGCUGCUGCAAAUCUUCGACAUCGACAUCUCUCUCCCUUUCAAAUUCAUGGGGCUGCUCUUGACUUACCUUAUCAUACUGUUGCAGUUCGAAAAAGUUAUUAAUCCUUGA